ACCUAAUAAGAUCCUUUUGCAAUUUUCGUAGUCUGUUUUUGGCAUUUUUAUCAAGAUAAGUAUUUACGUUAGUAAGUCAUCAGUAUUGAGCGUAAAACAUUCCGUGGUCGAAACUCGCAGUGCUGAGAACCUCUACAGUAGCGCACUGACGAAAGUGGCAGUUUAAUAUGACCGUGUUUGGUUAACUUGCGAAGUUGCGACAGCAGUGGGAUGUUUUUGGCUGCUUCAUUGGAUUUUGCAUGGCUCACCAUUUCGAAAUUGUCUUUUAAUUUGGAAUUUUGGCUUAUUUUGAAGGACUGAAACCAUCUUCAGUUGGCGAGUAUGGUGUCCAAACUGGUACUGGAAAUCGACGAGCAAAGAAAAGGAUACUUUCGGUCCUGUCGAAAAUAUCGUGCAUAUAGGUGUGUUAACGUGAUGCAGUGAAUUGCGUGAUCGAUUGGGUUGUAAAAUUUGGAGCAGUUAGUGAGCACUGGAUUUGGUUUGGGUUUGUUGUGAGAAAAGAUGACACCGGACGACAAGACAUCAGUUCGCGUAGCUGUCAGGGUUCGUCCUCUGUCAGCUCGUGAACGAGAGGAGUUUCAGUCCGCUUGUUUGGCCGUGGCCCUCGCCGAAUCGCAGAUUAUUAUUGGAACCGAGCGGGCCUUCACCUUUGAUUAUACUUUCAACUCUGAUACGGAACAAAAUGAUGUUUUCCAUAUUACAACUAAGGAACUUGUUGACGGAUGUUUUGCUGGUUUCAAUGCAACCGUCUUGGCGUAUGGACAGACUGGUUCAGGGAAAACCUAUACGAUGGGUACAGGGUUUGACGUGAGCAUUCCAGAGGAAAAUUUGGGAAUUAUUCCAAGGGCGGUUGAAUACAUUUUUCAAACAAUCCGUGCAAAACAGAUAGAUUGUGUUCAACAGCAGCUGCCACCACCGGUCUACGAUAUCACGGUUCAGUUUAUCGAGCUGUACCAAGACGAACUGAUUGAUUUACUGGACCGAGCCACCCGCCCUGUUCUUAAAAAGAGGUCGAAGCCGCCAAGACUGGGUGAGGACAAGAAUGGGAACGUCUGUCUGUUCGACGUGUGUACAAAACCGGUGCAAGCACAGGAAGAGGUCAUGGAUUGGCUGAAACAAGGCGCUCUAGCUCGGACAACGGGAGCCACAAAUAUGAACGCACAAUCAUCCCGCUCUCAUGCAAUUUUCACUAUCCACAUAAAGCAGAGUAUUCAACAGUUACCAGAUGAGAAUGACCCCUCUCCCCAAUUUCUGACAACGUCAGCAAAAUUUCACUUUGUGGACUUAGCCGGCUCCGAGCGACUGAAGCGAACCAAAGCAACCGGGGAUCGCGCCAAAGAAAGCAUUGCUAUCAAUAGUGGACUGCUUGCUUUGGGGAAUGUUAUCUGCAAAUUGGGUGACAAGGCGCUGAAAGCCACGCAUAUACCUUACCGGAGCAGUAAGCUUACCCGUUUGCUGCAGGACUCUUUGGGUGGAAACAGCCGGACUGUGAUGAUUGCUUGCGUGUCACCGGCGGAACAAGAUUUCGUGGAGACGUUAAAUACUUUGCGCUAUGCAAAUCGAGCCCGCAAUAUACAGAACAAAGUCUCAGUUAAUCAAGACAAAACGGGACAGACGAUUUCACUGUUGCGAGCACGGUGUCAAGAGUUGGAAAUGCAAUUACUAGAGUACCAGCAGGGCAAGCGGCAACCAGGUGUUGAUGCGUACAACGACAUGUUUAUCGAAAACAAUACGCUGCAAAAAGAGAAUGAAUCGUUAAGGCAGAAACUGAAAGACAUUGCGGAGGAGCUGCAAGAAAAACAACAGCGUAAUAAUGAACUGCGUGCAGAGAUUGAGCUGCUGCGAGAGCCGCGCAAUGAUAAAGUCUUCAGCCCAUCGCCAGAGAAUCUCACCGACUGUGAUAAGAUUAGAUUGCAUUACUGCUCUCUGUUGGAAGAAGCCGAGUCUAAUUUAAAAAAGAAAGAAGUGGAACUGGAGCGUGCACGCAGUACCAGUCGAACACCUCCAACUUCACCGUACAAAACUCUGUCGGAUUCGGGCUCUAGGACGUACCGCAUUAAAAGGGCCAAACCCCGGACACCUGUUUCAGACGAUAAAGUCAACGGAGAAAGAAGCCUCGAAGGGUCGCGGAUCGAGGAUGAUGAUGAUGUUUUUGGGCUAGAUGAGUUAUCUCAUGAAGAUGUGAACCAUCAGAUAAACGUGGCAGAAAUAGAGGAGCAGAUUCAGGAAAAAGAGAAACGACUGUCAGAGCUCGUCGAAGAGUUGGAUGCUCAAAAACAAAAUUACGAAAGUAAAAUCCAACAGUUGACCUCUCGCAUACAGGAAGUCGAAUUGGAACGAAAUGCUUACCUCAAUGACUGCCGAACGAAAAAAGGCAUGAGUCAAGAAGAAGUACGCGCCCGUGACGUUAAGUAUCAGGAACAGUUGGAAGAUCUGCGGCAGAAGUUGAAGAGCGCUCAUGCCCUUCGUGAUGAAAACAAACGGCUGCAUAAGACCAACGCAACCUUCCAGCAUAAAGUGUCCAGUUUGGAGACUGAAAUCGGGCAACUCAAGAGGUUAAAAUGCGAAAUUAUGAAAAAGGUUGAAAAGGACAGCAAACUAGCCCGGCAGAAAGAUAUCGAGCAGACCCGUGCCAUUAGUCAAAAAGAUAAGGAAUCUCGUAGCGUCCGUAAGGAAAAUGCUGAUCUCAAACAGACGGUCCAUCAGCUGACGGCUAAGUCGAAUCGUCUCAGGGACGAAUUGCAGGCAGCCCGGCGCGUCCAGAAAGGUGGGAUGACUGAUAUGGUGGCCGGUCGUAUAGGCAAACGACUUCCUGACGAGACACUAAUGAAAUUGGCGUGGGAGGACUUCUUGAAAAAUUUCCAUGCCGUUGUUUACAAGCGAAUGCGCUUACGGGCAUUUGAGAAGCAAUUGGAGCAGUACGGGUUAGAACUGAAAAAUCUUAGGGAACAAGCAUCAGAUCUCGAAAAGCGAAUCUCAUUGGCUGCCGAAAAGCAGGAUUUUGCGAUGGUGGACUCUUUGAAAACGCAGUUGAACGAUACGAAAGCGACGAUCCAUUUCAUUUCUCAGCAGAACACUGAGAUUCAAAACGAAGCUGCCUCAUGCGAAGAAACCCUCGAAGAGUAUAACUAUAUGGAUUCAGCUUUUCUUCGGACCAAAUUUGCAGAUGAGUUCGCCAGUCGGUAUUUCGUUGAACAUUUGUUGGAACUAUGCCAGGGACAACAUGAACGUAUCAAUACACUGGAAAAAGAUGCCCGAACGCGAACUGACGAGCAUUUAUUUGUAACGAAAGAACGGGACAUACUACGGGUCAUUCUACAGGCGUAUAUGAUGGACUCUCCUACGCAGACCAAAGUCGAAAUAACUGAUUUCGCGCGAUCUCAUCUAAAUGCCAACGGAAUACAAAGCAAACAGAAUGACGAUAUUAUUCAAAAUAUUCUUCUGGCGGCGCCACCCACUCCGCGCUGUAGCACAAAAACUAAGGCACGCCAAAUAACCUUGAAUGGAGUUGAGCAGAUGUUGUUAGCUAACGGAUCUAAUAAGUCGUCCUCUGUAUCGUCCGGUUCCUUGAGCACCGUUUCGGAUAGUUCGAUGUCGGACGUGUCUCCCAUUGACAUUCCGGACAGUGGUUGCAUAGCUGCAGUUGGGCCCUUCCGUCAGCCUCAGAUACCUCUUGCUCUUCGUUUAAAAAAGGAUCACAAAAACAAAAAAGGAUUUUUCAAUACACCAGGUUCCCUCGAUCAAAAUAUGCAUGUUCUGAAAAGCGAAAAUUUGGCCUCCCCUUCCAAAAAUGGCCCAAACCGUUCCUCUAGCCUUAAUGAAAUAGCCUCAGUUGCUACGAAUUCGUCCAGUAAAUCUUUUGUGUCCGCAAGUCAUUCCUUGGAAAAUUUAGCCCCGCCGUUUGUGCAGAAAUCUCAGCCACCAGUUCGGCGUCAUCCGUGUCAGGCCAAUCUCAACGUCAAACCGAAUACGGCGACACCAGCUCGGAAAUGAAUCCAGAGAUAAUUAGAGAUAAUUUAUCCGUUUCGUUAUUUUUCAGCGACAAGAAUUUUCGCUGUGUGGGUUGAAUUUUCUGUGCCUUAAUGCAAGAUAUUUCAGAACUUUGCUGUGUUAGAAUGUCAGACCAAAACUGUCAGAGCGUUUAUAUCUUCUGACUUUUGCUCCUUUGUGUACGUUUGCCUGUUGUAUUGAAGUGUACACAUUUUUGUAGCAUUUGACGUUUGAAAAGUAUUAAACUAUUCAAUCAACAUACGAAACGAAAUUAUU